AUGAGCAAACCAAGUUUUGAAAUAGUUAAACAGGUUUACACCAUUAUGUCGGGUGUCCAAAGAAGCAAGGCUUUGGAGGUUUGCACAAAGUUGCGUAUCGCUGAGCACAUUGCUCCGGAAUCAUCGAAAUCCGUUGGGGAUCUAUCGAAGGAGUUGAAAGUCCACGAAGACACUCUCUACAGAUUCAUGAGAGCACUCACAUCGAUGAGUCUCUUCCAGGAAGAAGAGAUCACCGAUACCAAUAAGACGCAUGGUAUCUUCAAGCACACUCCAAUGUCACUCUGUCUCAGAGAUCAAGGUGUAAGAGAUAUGGUACUGAUGAGGGGAAGUCCUGGUCAAGUUCUCUCGUGGAAUGGACUGUUCAACUCUGUGAAGACUGGAAGAACCAACCAUCAGGAAUCACUAAACUAUCCGGACCUCUGGGAGUAUCUGAAAGAUCACAAAGAAGAGGAAGUACUUUUCAGUAAAGCAAUGACUGGAGUUACCAACAUGUUUGUUCCCGUCUUACUAUCGUUCAGCGAUUACUCUAAAUUUGAAAAAGUUGUUGAUUUGGGUGGAGGUCAAGGAUUGUUAUUAAAGAAUAUUUUGGCAAACUAUCCAAAUAUUAAAGAAGGAAUCAACUUUGAUAUAAAAUCUGUUAUUGAAAACAAUAGUCAUGGUGAAAAUCUCGAUAAGAGAUAUACUGACCAAUCUGGUGAUUUCUUUGUCUCUGUUCCAGAAUCAGAUUGUUAUGUUUUAAAGAGUAUCAUUCACGAUUGGAAUGAUGAGUGUGCAGUCAAUAUUUUCAAGACAAUCAGCAAAUCCAUUAGACCAGGUGGAAAAAUCUAUGUCUAUGAUUUAAUCAACGACUUGAAUCUCAAGAAUGAGAAGAAUCAAGCUGGUUGGAACGAUAUCCACAUGUUGAUGGUGUGCAACGGAAAGGAGAGAACUCCUCAGGAUUGGGAGUAUCUUGCCAAACAUUCGGGAUUCAAGAUCGAUGAGAUCAGACGUCACAGUACCAUUCCAAAUACUUUAGGUUUAACAAUCUUUUCUAAAAUCUAA